UCAUCUGUCACUGUCAGAGUUGUUGGUCGUCCGUCGUGGUUCUUACUUUUUAGCUUGAUUCAUCAAUCAUUGUAAAUACUCGUAUGAUUUUAGUUAAUAAGUUUUGUUUUUAUAAUUCAAAAUAAUAUUUCGAACUAUAAAAAUGACUCAGAGUAUUUUGAAAUAUGUAAUAUUUACAGCUACUGUAUUAGGAUUCUUUCAAAGUGGAAUUGCUGAAUUUUCGGCAGAAGAUUGUGCAUCGCUUGGUUUUAUAAAAUCAAAUCUCUUAUGUUCAUCUUGUGAUCAAUUAAAAGACUUUAGCUUAGAGCAAUUAAUAGAACACUGCAAGCAAUGUUGUCACCAUGACGAAUCGGCGCCUAAAGAAAAGAAAUACGCGCGAGCUAUUCUGGAAGUGUGUACGUGUAAAUUCCCGACUUAUCCACAAAUUCAAGCGUUUGUAAAAAGUGACAGACCAGCAAAGUUCCCUAAUCUUCAAAUAAAAUAUGUACGAGGGCUUGAUCCAAUUAUUAAACUACUUGAUAAGGAUGGUAUUGUGAAGGACACAGUUGCUAUAGAAAAAUGGAACACUGACUCGGUCGAAGAAUUCUUAAAUACUCAUUUAGUUAAAGAAGAAGAUGAGGAUAAAGGUUACUUAAAAACAAAUCUAAUUUAAUUAAUGCAAUACACACUUGAUUUGAUGUGAA